GCCGACAUGACUGCAGUGGGAGAACUGGUGCUGGUGCUGGGCUUACUGGUGAGCGCUCACUGUGAGGUGAGAGCAAGAGACCACGAGGACGCAGAGGAGCAGGGAGGAGGAGAAGGAAGAGGAAGAGGAGGAGGAGGAGGAGGUGAAGUGUACCCUGCCUUCAUAGACAGGCUUCUCCCAGGAGUGACAGAGACCCCCCCUUUGGGAGAUGGAGGCAACUACCCAGCCCGAACCGGGAACUGGUGUGCGUUUGUUCAGAGGCACGUUGUGUCCAGGGCGGUGGUGUGUGGAACAGAGAAAUACACCAUCGAGUCUCGGAGUCCGUGUCCCAGCCGCACCCCCGACUGUCAUCUGAUCAUGUACAAGCUGUCGUCCCGGCCGCUCUACAGGCAGAAGCAGCAGAUUGUGAGCGCUCUGCUGUGGCGCUGCUGCCCGGGACACGGAGGACCCGACUGUGAGGACACAGACCCUGAUGCACAGCAGGAUCCUGGGAGCUCGGCUCUGAUUGGAGGAUCUGAACCAGUGAGGACUGAGCUCCACGCUCCAGGUGUGCAGGCUCAGCUCCAGCAGCAGCGCAGCGACCCAAAUCGGGAACAGAACGACUACCAGGACCCCCGGGUUCACCACAAUCACCAGGACCACCGGGAAAACCAGAAUCACCAGGACCACCGGGAAAACCAGAAUCACCAGGACCACCAAAAGAAGGAAGAAUACCAGCAUCACCAGGACAACCGGGAAAACGAGAAAGACAAGGACCUCCAGGACCUCCAAAACCUGUAUGACAAACAGCCACUGAGACCAACAGCACCACGCCCCCCCCCGCUGGACCAGGACUACCAAAAGCAGGAUGAACACCAGAAUCAUCAGGAAGACUCUGACAACCAGAAAGUCCAGGACCUCCAGGACCUGUAUGAGCAGCAGGAACAACAGACCGACAGCACCACGCCCCCCGCAUUAGACCCGGACCAGAGCCACACCUCACCCCCCACCGCAGACCCAAAUUACCUCCACCAUCACAGGGAGACGGAACACUUCCGUCCUGAUGAGCUGGAUGCCCCCUCCACCCCCUCCACCCCCCAAAUGGUGGCGCUGAUCCUGUCCCAGCUGCAGCCGCUCCUCCAGGGCUUCAACCGCUCCCUGGAGCUACUGACCCGGCAGGUGGGGGACCUGGCCCGGGACGUGGCCCAGCUGAAGAGCCUCCCUCUGCGGGAUGAGAUGCUGGCGGAGCCCCUAUAUAACCCUGGGCUGGACGAGGCCGCGGAGCAACGCCUGGAGGCCAAACUGGAGGAUCACAUCAGGGAGGUCCAGAGGCAGUUAGAGGACCAGCGGAGCCACAUGGAGCACAGGCUGCACUCCCAGCAUGCAAUGCUGCACUACAACCUCACCAACUUUAAGACGGACAUCGACGUGAAGUUGAAGCGAAACCAGAAGAUGCUGCAGGUCAGCCUACAGGCCAUGAACGCCACACUGACGGAGCUGAAGCUGGACCAGGACCUGGACCAGGACCUGGACCAGGAUCAGGAUCAACCCCCUCCUCCCUCCAUGUCUACCCGCCGCCCACUGAUGCAGUCCUCAGACACGGCAGCGCUCUGGGAGGCCGUCGAGCGUCUGGACAACAUGGUGGUCAACAACACGGUGAAG